UAAUAGGCGCCUUCGGACUGAGGAGGAAGUGAGUGGCUGAUAAGGACUAUGUGACCGAGCGGAGCGGAGGAGGACGCGUCUGGAGCCGGAGUUGCACCGAUCAGCAGCCCCCCUGAAAACGAGCCGCCGUACUCAGGUGUGAGCUGCUUUAAUACGCAGGCUGGUGUUCGUAAGGUCACCUCACGCAGACCCGUUCAAUGUUGUAGGUGGUGGAGAACUCCGUAAAACCCGGGGCUGAGGCGACGCUGGGAGGACACUAUGUCCCGCGGCCAGUCGGACAGCCACGUGGGCGACCAGGCCCCUAUGACUCUGGAGAACCACUUCUCCACAGAACUCCAUAUAUCUGAGCCCGGCGAUGACUGCUGGCAGCUACAAAGCCCCCCCGCGACCCGACCGGAGGCCGCUACACUCCAGCAAGAUGUUGCAGAAGGGCUGGCUGUGCCUCAGAAGGUGGUUUUGAGCACCCUGAGUCCAGCGGCGAGGAAAGUUGGCACCCAACAGCUCAUUCCCAAGAAUCUAUCCAGCCGGCCUAAACCGCGCCACCACACCACCGUGGUGACGUUCCCAGUGGGGCUGGAGAACUCCAGCAGUGCGACCCGCAGCCGUCACUCGACACAGGGGCCAGAUGUGUCCUGGGAGGAUUACGACAGUGAUGGAGACGGCUUCUCUCUGAGGAGGAACGGCAGGAACAAGUCCUACAGAGCGGCCGUGACCAGCCUGGACAUUGACGCCAUGGUGACGGGACGAGGGUCUGCGGCCACGCUGAAACCCGUCCGCGAGGGCCGAGCAGCCAGUCCCGGUCCAGCUCGCACCCCUGGACGCAAGCGAACCCUGGGGAGAAAGAGGAACCAGAAUCAACGCGGGUCCUUCAAAGAUGCCACUCCGUGCCUCUACCAGGAGAUCCGUGAGCGAGGGCUGCACUCCACCAACCAGGAUGAGCUGCUGGACGACUUUGUGGUGGUGGAGGCCCCUGUGGUGGAGGACCAAGGCAUCGUGGUGAAGAGCUACCGGCCGGUGCAGCUCACCUGGAGCCAGCUGCCACAGGUGAAGGACACCGGUAUCCUGACACUCAUCACCCCUCAGGAGAGAAAGAGACAAGAGGCCAUUUUUGAGAUCAUCACAUCGGAGCAUUCGUACCUGCACAGCCUGGGCAUCCUGGUGCGUUACUUCAAGAGCAGCGACGCUCUGAAGAAAACCAUGAGCGCCGUGGAGUACCACCACCUCUUCUCCAACAUCUCUGUCAUUCAGCAGGUCAGCAAACGCUUUUUUGAGGACCUGGAACGGCGUCACUAUGACAACCCAGUGAUCCGGGACAUCAGCGACAUUGUUCAGAACCACGCCGCCCACCACUUUGAGCCCUACAUUGUCUACUGCUCAAACGAGACCUUCCAGCAGAGGACCUUGCAGAAGCUGCUGACCACUAACGCUGCGUUCAAGGAGACCCUGAAGCAGAUUGAGGGGAGCAGUGACUGUGGAGGCCUGCCCAUGAUCUCUUUCCUGAUCCUUCCCAUGCAGAGGGUGACCAGACUCCCGCUGCUGCUGGAUACCAUUUGCCAGAAAACUCCAAAUACGGCGGCGGAGUACUUUGCCGCUGUUUGGGCUCUGCACGCCAUCAGCAAGUUGGUCACCAGCUGCAAUGACGGGGCUCAGCGGAUGGAGAGGACGGAGCAGAUGUACACCAUCCAGAAACAGAUGGAUUUUGGUAAAAUCAAGCCAUUUCCUCUGGUGUCGUCAUCACGGUGGUUGAAGAAGCGCGGUGAGCUGGCCUUGAGCACCGAAGAGCUCAGCAUCUGGAGGGCUUUCAGCAACAAGAGCUACUACCUGUUCCUCUUCAAUGACGUGCUGAUCGUCACCAAGAAGAAGAGUGAGGAGAGCUUUGUGGUGAUGGACUACGCCACUUUGGAGAAUGUGGAGGUGGAGGUCGCUGAGGAUGUAGAAGGACGAACGACUUCGCCUGUGAAGAACAGCUACUUUCUUUCCUUCAAGCUGCAGAUGAGCAAGAACAGUGAGGGGAAAGCGGAGCAGAUCAGUCUGGUGGCCGAGUCCAGGGUGGACCGGGCACGCUGGAUAGUUGCUCUUACUGAACACAAGCAGGAGGGAGUCUUUCCUUCUAAAGGCGGUCUGCCACAAUAUGAAGCCACCAAAGCCUACAUGCCAAAAGAACCAGAUGAGUUGGGUCUGCAGCAGGCGGAGCUUGUCAUUGUGAUGCAGAAAGAGGAAGCCUGGUGCUACGGUGAAAGAAUGCGAGACGGAGAGACAGGCUGGUUUCCUGCUGCCUGUGCAGCAGAGAUCACCAACCCCACGGCCAUCGAGAACAACGUGCAACGCAUGAAGCGCCUGCGCAAAGAGACCAAUGUUUGAGUGACUCUCAGCAUGUACAGGAUAACACCCUGAUGUAUACAACGAGGUGUCCAACGCAAUUAAAUAUACCAAAUCUAACUUGAAGGGCUACUUGCUUUAUUAAAUUAGCUUCAGGCCUAGGUUAAUACAUAUGAAAGCAGAUUUGCUUUAAAGAGUCAAGAAGUUGCAUGUUUCUAUUUAUCCUGGUUUUAAAAAAUGAUUUUUUACAAAUGCUGUACAUUAUGAACAUUUAUUGAAUUUGGUGAUUGUAUAUGGGAAAAUAAAGUCUAGUUGAUCACUUGAAGUAUAAAGAAAACACCCAAGACUUUUCCUGGUUUCUGGACUUUUAUUUGAGCUUGCAUUUUGUUAAAAUGUUUGAUUACAUAAAAAGUUAUUUAAAAAUGUCAAACUGACCAUUUAUCAAAUUCCAUUUCUGUAAAAACUUAGGACAGAUUUAGAAAAACGUUUGUAGCUGUCACAUAAAAAUAAUGGGAAAAAAAACAAGUCUGCAUAGAUUCUGCAGGCAAUU